AUGGAAACAGUGUUUGAAGUGUGUGAUGACGAUAACAAAGGCUAUUUAAGCAGAGAGGAAUUUAAAGUUGCAGUAGUACUGUUGUUUAGUUACAAGCCCUCAAAGGUGGAGGUGGAUGCAGUAAUGUCUUCUGUGAAACCAGAAAAUUCAGGUAUAUUAUUUGAAAAGUUUUUAGAUCUCAUGAGCGCAAGGAAAGCUGCACAACUAUACAACAGUGAAACAUGGCAAAUAUUCACAGCUUUUGAUGUGCAAAGUAGAGGGUUUUUAACUUUUGAAGACUUCAAGAAAACCUUCAAUUCUGUUUCUUCAAAAUUACCUGAAAGCGUCAUACCUGAAGCCUUCAGAGAGGUUGAUCAGGAUUCUGAUGGUUGCAUCAGCUUCAAAGACUUUGAAUCUGCAAUGAAGUAUGGACAAGAUGAAGGAUCACUAUUGUACUUUGCUUAA